AUGCUUCUUCGGCGUCCUUUGCUAACGGCGCGUAUCCCGCGGUCCGUCGUGCCAGUCCUCACGUCCCCUGCGCGAAGAUGGGGAAGUACAGUUUCACAACGCCCUGGUUCAGACCGGGUCGUUUUCCCAGGUGCCAUCAAUAGCGAGUUCACAUCCGAUAUGGCUUUCAUCACGGGCAGAGAUCUCCCCGCUAUCCCUACCUUCCGAGUGAUAAAUUCAGACGGCGAGAUGGUUGACAAAACACGGGCUCCUCCCAAUGUUUCGGAUGAAGAGGUCAUCACUUGGUACAAGAAUAUGCUACAGGUGAGCAUCAUGGACACGAUCAUGUUCGAUGCCCAUCGCCAGGGUCGCAUAAGUUUCUACAUGGUUUCACAAGGCGAAGAGGGUAUCUCCAUCGGCUCUGCCGCGGCUUUGAUCCCGGACGAUGUCGCUUUCUCCCAAUACCGUGAAGCUGGUGUUUAUCAGCAGCGUGGAUUUACCCUGAAAGACUUCAUGAGCCAAUUGUUUGCCAACUGCAAUGACAAUGGCAAGGGCAGAAAUAUGCCUGUUCAUUAUGGCCAAAAAUAUCCCCGCAUCAUCACUGUUUCCUCUCCACUGGCAACCCAGAUUCCUCAAGCAUCUGGAGCUGCAUAUGCUUUGAAAAUCAAAGAUCUUCAGAAUCCCAACCAAGCCCCGCGGGUAGUGGCCUGUUAUCUUGGCGAGGGCGCGGCCAGCGAAGGUGACUUCCACGCAGGGCUGAACAUCGCCGCCACACGGUCGUGCCCUGUCAUUUUUGUCGUCCGAAACAACGGAUACGCCAUUUCCACGCCUACAAUAGAACAAUACCGUGGAGAUGGCAUUGCCAGCCGAGGCGUCGGCUACGGAAUGGACACGAUCCGAGUGGACGGAAACGAUGUAUUUGCCAUGUACGAGGCAAUGUCGGAGGCACGGAGGCGCGCUUUAAGCGAUGGCUGUCAGCCAGUAUUGAUCGAGGCAAUGAGUUACCGAGUCUCGCACCACAGCACCAGCGACGACAGUUUCGCGUACCGCGCGCGCGUUGAAGUGGAGGACUGGAAGCGUCGCGAUAACCCCAUCAUCCGCCUGCGCAAGUGGCUGGAGAACAAGGGUCUGUGGAAUGAGGACUUGGAGAAGGAGACCCGCGACUCCAUGCGCCAGGCUGUGCUGAAGGAGUUCAAGGAAGCGGAGCGUCUGAAGAAGCCGCCGAUUCGGGAGGCGUUUACCGACGUCUAUGAGGAGAUUACGGAGGAGGCGCAGGAACAGAUGAAGGAACUGAAGCGCAUUAUAGAGACAUACCCCGAUGAGUAUGACUUGAGGCCGUAUCAGGACGGCUUGAAGGGCUUGGAAUAG